GAUAUGUUAUGGCUGCUCUCCGCUCGCUCCCGACCCGCACACUUCGGCUGCUCUGACGCGGCAGGUCUCCCUUCUCUGGAUAUGUUCGGGUUCGAGGAGAAGAAGCCGCUCAGGAGCCAGACUUUAAAGGAAACAUACGAGGCGUCGGAGUAGAGGAAGGUUUCCCACAGGUCUCGCUUGGAUAACUAGCUGCUCUUCUUCUGGCAAACCAUUCAGACCCACUGUUGUUUGAUGACAGAAAAGACCGCCCCGUUGCCAUGACGAUUGAGGAGGAGGAGGGCCUGACACCGGCCUCCGCUAUCGUCGGGGUAACGCCGACCCCUGUCGUCUUCACGACGACCACGGCAUGGGAAGAUGGCGGCGGUGGCGGCGGCGGCCGAGCCUUCGCUUUCUCCUCUCCACGACAGCACUCCCCCACUCCCCGCCUCUCUCCGAGGGAGCAGGAGGAGGAAGAGGAGGAAGGGAUGAUGGAGGUGGACUGGAUCGAAGAGGACAUAGUGGAGGAGGAGGAGGAGGAGGAGAUGGGCCGGUGUGACAGUGAAGUAGGGUGUGACCACCACGAUAAUGAUGAUGAUGAUGAUGAUGAUGACGAAGGAAGCAGUGAUGCCAGUGUGCUGGUGGUCCCCCACCCUGAGAUGGUUCCCGUGGUCUUCUUCUGCCUCAAGCAGACCACCUUCCCCCGCAGCUGCUGCAUCAGCCUCGUCUCCAGCCCGUGGUUCGAGCGUGUCACUAUGAUGGUGAUCCUGCUGAACUGCGUGACGUUGGGGAUGUACCAGCCCUGCGAGAACAUCGACUGCAACUCGCAACGCUGCAAGAUUCUGCAGGCCUUCGAUGCGUUCAUCUACAUCUUCUUUGCGCUGGAGAUGGUGGUGAAGAUGCUGGCACUGGGGAUUCUGGGUCGUCGCUGUUACCUGGGUGACACAUGGAACCGCUUGGACUUCUUCAUCGUCAUGGCCGGUAUCGUGGAGUACUCCCUGGACCUGCAGAACGUUAACUUCUCCGCCAUCAGGACAGUGCGGGUACUGCGGCCGCUCAAAGCCAUCAACAGAGUGCCAAGCAUGCGUAUCCUGGUCAACCUGUUGCUGGACACGCUGCCCAUGCUAGGCAACGUGCUGCUCCUCUGCUUCUUCGUCUUCUUCAUCUUCGGCAUCAUCGGGGUGCAGCUGUGGGCGGGGCUCCUGAGGAACCGCUGCUACCCCGCCGAGAACUUCACCCUCAACAUGGGCGUGCGUCUCCCCCGGCCCUACUACAUGGCGGACGAGGACGACGAGCGGCCCUUCAUCUGCUCGCUGCCCGUGGACAACGGCAUCAUGGCGUGCAGCGACGUGCCGGCGCGGCGCGAGGGCGGCCGCACCUGCUGCCUGGACAAAGAGGACGCGCUGUACCGCCGCUCGCUGGGCCUCAGCCCCGACCCCCCGCCCGUCAUCGCCAACGGUAGCCACGGCAACCCGGGGCUGUGCGUCAACUGGAACCAGUACUACACCCGCUGCCAGACCGGACACAGCAACCCGCACAAGGGCGCCAUCAACUUUGACAACAUCGCCUACGCCUGGAUCGUCAUCUUCCAGGUCAUUACCCUGGAGGGCUGGGUGGAGAUCAUGUACUAUGUGAUGGAUGCUCACUCCUUCUACAACUUUAUCUACUUCAUCCUGCUCAUCAUCAUCGGCUCCUUCUUCAUGAUCAACCUGUGCCUGGUGGUCAUCGCCACCCAGUUCUCGGAGACCAAGCAGCGGGAGCACCAGCUCAUGCAGGAGCAGCGCGCCCAGUGCCUGUCCUCCUCCACCCUGGCCAGCCAGCCGGGGGACUGCUACGAGGAGCUCUUCCAGCUCGUCUGCCACGUGCUGCGCAAGGCGCGCCGUCGCGCCGUCACCCUCUUCAACGCCAUGCGGGGGAAGCCCAGAGGCUUCCGGGGGCCGGGCAGGGGGGGAGGCGGGGGCGGAGGGGGAGGAGGAGGAGGGGGAGGAGGGGGAGGGAGGGGAGGCGGAGGGAGGGAGAGGAGGGGGAACCGAGGAGGAGCGGACAGCCGGGAGAUGAGGAGGCCUGUGCGACCCGCCUCCUAUUGCCCAGACUACAACAAACCCGACCAUGUGACCCCAGCCGAGCCAAUGGCACUGGACGUGGCCGUGCCCGUGUCGCUCGGCGCCGCUGGAGCUGCGGGGCCCGGCGACGGCGGACCGGCCAAUGAGGCGGCGGGGGAGGCGGAGAUAGAGGAGACGGACGGGGAGGGGGGCCGAUGCUGCGGCCGGAGAAAGGGGGAGAAAGGCGGGGGGUGCCACCCCCGACGGCGGUGCCAGGGGCUGUGGUACGAGGUCCGGGUGAAGCUCUGGAGCAUCGUGGAGAGCAAGUACUUCAACAGAGGCAUCAUGAUCGCCAUCCUCAUCAACACCAUCAGCAUGGGCAUCGAACACCACCAACAGCCAGAGGAGCUGACCAACGUCUUGGAGAUCUGCAACAUCGUCUUCACCAGUAUGUUUUCGCUGGAGAUGAUCCUGAAGAUCACGGCAUUUGGCUCCUUCAACUACCUCAGGAACCCCUACAAUGUGUUUGACAGCAUCAUCGUCAUCAUCAGCGUGUGUGAGAUCGUGGGCCAGUCGGACGGGGGUCUCUCCGUGCUGCGGACCUUCCGCCUGCUGAGGGUCCUGAAGCUGGUGCGCUUCCUGCCGGCCCUGCGCCGGCAGCUGGUGGUCCUGAUGAAGACCAUGGACAACGUGGCCACCUUCUGCAUGCUCCUCAUGCUCUUCAUCUUCAUCUUCAGUAUUCUAGGGAUGCAUAUCUUUGGCUGUAAGUUCAGCCUGAGGACGGAGACGGGGGACACAGUGCCGGACAGGAAAAACUUUGACUCUUUGCUCUGGGCCAUCGUCACCGUGUUCCAGAUCCUCACCCAGGAAGACUGGAACGUGGUGCUGUAUAACGGCAUGGCCGCCACCUCCCCGCUGGCCGCGCUGUACUUCGUCGCUCUGAUGACCUUCGGGAACUACGUCCUCUUCAACCUGCUGGUGGCCAUCCUGGUGGAAGGUUUCCAGGCAGAGGGUGAUGCUAACCGUUCCUACUCUGACGACGACCGCUCUUCGUUCGACGAGAGCGAGAAGCACAACGACUCCCUGAAGCUCUCAGACCCCAAGAUAUGCACCCUGACACCCAACGGGCACCUGGAGCUGGGGGGCUCCCUGGCCCACGCCUCGGACCCCCGCAGCCUGGUGCUGGACUCACGCAAGAGCAGCGACAUCAGCCUGGGAAGAGCCAGUCUGGACCGGAGGUCCCUCUCCCUGCGACACGCCCGCAGUUCCAUGUACCACAAUUGGGGGCGCCCUCUCCCUCCACAGUCGGCCUGGAGCCGCAGGUCCAGUUGGAACAGCCUGAGCCGGAGGAGCUGCGCGGUGGGCGGAGCUCCCCUGGUGGGCGGGAGCCUGCGUGUCCGCAGCACCCGUUCCCCCUACUCCUCCUCCCCCCACUCCGCCGAGCACCAAUCCCUGCUCUUCCACUCCCGGCCCGCCAUCCACCCCCCUCUGCCGCCGCCGCCCCCGCUGUCCAGGCGCUACAGCGGGGGGGCCCGCCACGACCGCCGCGCCAUCUCCCUGGAGCUCCCCGAGCUGCCGCCCGCUCCCGCUUCAUCCACCCUCCCCCCAGCGCUGCCCCCGCCCUUACCUCCAGCGCCACCGCCGCCCGCACCACCACCACCUCCUCCUCCUCCUCCUCCUCAACAAGAACCCCUGAGGAGGAGCUUGGGGUCGGGCACGGCGGGCUCCGGCAGCGUGGGCGUGGGGCCGGAGCACCAGGACUGCAACGGCAAGACGGCCCACCCCCACCACCACGCCCUCAUCCUGGCCGAGGUGUUCCCCCAGCUCAAGGCCCGCAAGGACCGCGCCGACACGGACGAGGAGAUCGACUACGGCCUGUGUUUCCGGAUCCACAAGAUGAUGGAGGUGUACAAGCCAGACUGGUGUGAGAGCCGACAGGACUGGUCUGUGUACCUGUUCUCCCCUCAAAACAAUAUCUCCUCCUCCUCCUCCUCCUCCACCUCUUCGUCUCCACAGCACCCCUCCCACAGCGGCUCCUCCCUGGCUACAGCCAGCUCCGACGGCAGCCUGCAGACCACCCUGGAGGAGGGGCUGAGCUUCAGCGUCACCCUGACAGGACACCAGGGCCUCCAGCAGCCCCUACUCUGCCCUUUGCCCCCCAGCCAGCCCCUCUCCUACACCAGUACACCCCCACCGCACACCGCCCAGGCCCAUGGCUCGGCCACACUGCGGGGUCGCAGCACUGCGCUGACCCUCCAGGCCACCAGGGGGCACCAGAGGAGCCAGAGCAGCUGUGGGGGCAGCAUCAGUCCAGGGGGCCUCCGCCAGGACUCCAUGGAUCCCUCGGACGAGGAGGCGGGCACGGGGUCUGGGCGUGGCGGUGCCGGCAGCCAGGCGUUCAACAGCGAGCACCUCUCAGACGUGCUGAGCAGCCUUUCGCUGACGUCGCUGCUCUCUCCGGUCUCUCUGGAGCCCCCUGUGGUGAAGAAGUGUAACAGCACCGGCUCCCUCAAUCAGGCCAACCUGUCCACACGGAGCCAAGAUGGCCGCCAGUGUUGCGGCAUUGAUGCCCAUGGCUACUUGUCCAACCCCUGGGAACAGUACCGGGGAGAGCAAGAUGGCGGAUUUAGCAUGGUGAACAGAGGCAGCGACAGCCAAAUAGCGAACACAAGCCCCAGAAAAAACAGAUGAAAUACCUCUCUCCCUCUCUUUUCCUCUUCUUCCAACUCAAUACUUUCUCCCUCCAUUUGCUAUUCUGGGAUGGCGGAUUGCUGGGCGAGAGACUAUUAACUUGCUGUCCGUGAGGUCCUGCCACUGCUGACAAACUUCCUAUUCCUGUUGCUCAUCACGAAUGGCGAGAUGUCCGUGUGCUCGGUUGGCUGCCGUGGUUUGAAUGUCUCGUCUUUACCGCAGAAGA